AAUUGGAUGUCGAUUUUGGUUAUGCCGCUAACGCGAUGUGGCCAAUCCUCCCGUGCGCCUACGGCAUGUUGGUGGAGAAGUCAUGGUACAAGUACUAUACGGCGGACAUGUACAACUACACUCUACUCAACAGAACCACCAUGGGCGUCCCACUCGCGCUUGAUUUCGCCGCCGGUGAGGCUGCGUGUCCGGCAAAAGGACAGCCGCCGCCUCCGGACUAUGCCUGCGUCAGCGGCAACAGUUCUUGUGCCAACGCAACCUUUACUCCUGGAUAUAUCUGCAAGUGCUGGGACCAUUACGCUGGCAACCCUUACGUCCCUGACGGCUGCCAAGACAUUGAUGAAUGCAAGCGACCCCAAGUGUAUCCCUGCUCAAGUGGCGCAGUCUGUAGAAACAGGCUGGGAGGCUACGACUGUCCAUGCAAAUUCGGAUUGAAAGGAGAUGGCAAAGCAGGAACCUGCACACAUAUAUUCAGUCCAGCAGCAAAGGCGACCGUAGGCCUUGCUGCCUUAGUUGUUGUAAUUGUCCUCAUGGUUCUGGCACAUCAACUCCUCAAACUCAGAAAAUUCUAUAAACAAAAUGGUGGUCCAAUACUAGAAGGUGUCAAGAAUAUAAGGAUCUAUACAAGCAAACAACUUAAGAAGAUGACAAAUAACUACAAGGUUGUUAUUGGAGAGGGCCAUUUUGGUAAGGUUUAUAUGGGGACUCUAAAAGACACACAACAUGUGGCUAUAAAGAAGACCAUCAAAGUUAAUGAAGCUAGCAAAAAGGACUUCAUUGCUGAGAUUAUAAUCCAAUCUGGAAUGAGGCACAAGAACAUUGCCAGGCUCUUAGGUUGUUGCUUAGAGAUGGAUGUUCCAAUGCUGAUGUAUGAGUAUGUAGUGAAAGGGAGUCUGUAUGAUGUUCUGUUCAAAAGCAAAGACAACAUUCCAGUGGAUACACGCCUCAGGAUUGCCAUUGGUUCCGCCGAAGGCUUGGCAUACAUGCAUUCAGCAGUGGAGAGUACCAUUCGUCACGGUGAUGUUAAAUCUGCUAAUAUACUUCUUGAUGCAAGCUUCACCCCAAAAAUUUCAGACUUUGGGACCUCAAAGCUGCUUGCAAGAGGAAAUUCCAUGCAGACUGAAUGGGUCACUGGAGACAAGGCUUACAUAGAUCCAACAUACAUGGUCCAUGGGAUAGUUACACAGAAGAGUGAUGUAUACAGCUUUGGAAUUGUUCUCAUAGAGAUUAUCACAAGGAGGGUUGCAAUAUAUGAUGACAAUAUGAGUUAUGCAAAAAACUUUGUUCUAGCUUGUCAAGAUCAAAGAGUAAGGAACUUUGUUGAUAAUGAUAUUACAAGCGAAAAUGAUAUGGAGAUCCUGGAAAUGGUUAGCAAAGUCGCUCUGGAGUGUCUUAAACUUAAUCCUGAGGAACGCCUAGAUAUGACGCAAGUAGAAAGUCGUCUCCGUAAUAUUGGGCAAUCUGAAUAACAUGGACAGGAGAGGAUUUAUAAGGGAAAUCUUGGUCCUC